AUGAUAAAAAACAAGAUAACAAAGAACUGUCUAGACUCUUACUCAUUUCCUCUCGUCAUAUACUAUAUAUACACAAGUUUGUUUUGGAAAUAAGCUCCGCUAAAGAAGAAAAAAGAGAAGAAAACAAAUGGCGGAUGGAAUAUUCUGGUAUCCAUUUCGGAGAUUUCGUGAAUGGUCAGGAGGAUCAACGGCUCUGAUUGAUUGGAUGGAAUCUCCAAACGCUCAUAUCUUCAAAGUUAACGUUCCAGGAUACAAUAAAGAAGACAUAAAAGUGCAAAUUGAAGAAGGAAACGUUCUAAGCAUUAAAGGAGAAGGACUGAAGAAGGAAGAAAAAGAAAAGAAAGAGGAUUUGGUGUGGCAUGUGGCGGAGAGAGAAGCUUUUUCCAGUAAAGGAGAGUUUCUCCGACGGAUUGAGUUGCCGGAAAAUGUGAAAACCGACCAAGUAAAAGCCUACGUGGAUAACGGUCUCCUCACGGUGGUCGUUCCCAAAGACACAUCACCCAAAUCCUCUAAAGUACGGAAUAUCAAUAUCAUUAGCAAGCUCUGAAGUUUAUACCGGUGUGAACCGGCUUUUGGUUUUCAUUAGCCUAAAGUUUGAAUAAAUGUAGACUGUGGAGUAGUAGUACUUAAUGAAUCCGACAAGACUCAAAACCAAACCCCGUGUAAUUGAGUUUUGGUUUUCAUGAGCCAAAAAUUCAAAUCAAAAUGGGCUUUAUACUUCAUAAAUUCAUGUAUUAAAGUUUGAUUUAGUACUGUAAACAAACGCUUAUUAGAUCUCAAA